GACAGAAAAGUUAAAAUUCUUGACCCCACCACCUAUAAUCUAUAACUCAAGUGAUAAGAAUUGUCAUGAUAUGGAUCCAUAUUUAUACAACUUCUUACGUAACUUCCUCAGAGUCAGAAGAUAUUUCACCCAUAUACAAAACAGUGGGUAGAAGUAUACUUUCUGAAGAAUAAAUGGUAUGUUAUUUAUUGGCUUCUGUUAUGUUAUGAUCGUGUACUGUAAUAUCAAACAAAACAGUCAUGCAUAACAGUUCUAAUGUGUCUCCAGGAGAAAGUAGAUUGUUGACCCACUGACAGAUCUGCUGUCCUUGGGGUUGGGGCUGUGAAAGUCCCUGUGUAAUUUAGAGAAAGUUACACUCUUUAUACUGGUUUGAGUAGUUUGCAACAUGAUGCUCGAUUUAAUGUGUCCUGAUAUACUUUCGGGAAUAGUGCUAUGAUCCUAGUGUCACAGUGUGGAACAUGUUUGAAUGCAGUAGUGUACCCCAACAGUUGAACUGCAUACGAAGAGAAAUGUGUACAUUUCUAUACAAUAACUAGGUAAAGUUAAUUGAAACAAAUUAAUUUCAGAUCUUGAAGAAAACAAUGUAAGAAAUCUUGAUUGUAGCAUGAUAUAAAAUUGUAAAAGUCUCUGUAAUAUAGCAAGCAGAAAUUGACAUACAGAGAUCAGCAGUGUGGGAAAUGCUGUCACCAAUACAGUUCUAUUAGAUUCAGACAAAUAAAAUUUUAUGUCUUGGAAGUACAUACUUAUACUACUUAUAAAUACUUCAUGCAUUCAAAUCUUGCAGAUUGAGGGCAGUUGAAAUUCAAAGUAAUGAAGGUUACAAUGCAUAAAGACUUGUCAGCCUUUGUUCAGGAGUUACACAGUGUAGUUUGGAGUUAUGACACAGCACAAUUCUUUAUUAAUCAGUUUCAGGAAUGAGAAAAGCUAUAAAUAUAGGCAGGUAGAAGAUUUCUGCUUCAGUGUGUGGGUACAAAUUUUCCUUUUACUUUGCAUACAGCCCAAUUUAAGAAUUAAAUUUUGUGUUAGGGCUCUGUUAAUAUAAAAUAAAAAUGCGUUUCUGAUGAUAAGACCUCACUUUAUGGAUUUUUGCUUUCUUUCCCCUUCAUUACAAAAAUAAAUAUGAUAAUAUGAACUUAUGGCCUAUCUUACAUUUUAGCAGAUUGUGACAAUCACAGUGUUGGGUCAUCCCAAGACUUCAUUGAUUCGUUAUCAAUGACAGAUGUGACAGGUAUAGCAUAAGCAGAAUUCUCCUGCUAUAUUCUGGCUGUCCUUUUGGUUCAUAGUGCUCAUGUUUAUCUUUUUGGCAGUUGUGUAACAAAAUUAAGUGUUAGGUAAUUCCAACUUCGGUGUUAUCAGACUUUGAUAAGAUUUUGCUUUGUAAUGUAAGAGCAUAUUUUGUAUAGAAAUGCUGCAGGAGAAAUGCAGCCCACAGUCUGUCUUGUGCUUCCAACGGAGCUACUGCUGUCAUAAUGCCUAAACAACUGAGCAGUGUUACAUUUCACAAUGGACAGAAGAUGCCCAUUGUAGGCCUUGGAACCUGGCAGUCUGCACCUGAAGAAGUUACUGCUGCAGUUGAUGUUGCCUUGGAGCUGGGGUACAGGCAUAUUGAUACAGCCUACAUGUACCAGAAUGAAGCAGCGAUUGGAAAAACUCUGAAGAAGUGGUUUGCCUCAGGCAAACUCAAGAGAGAGGACAUCUUCAUUGUGACGAAGCUUCCACCUAUAGGAAAUCGUGCAGAAUCCGUUGAAAGGUUCCUAACAAAAUCACUGGAAGCUCUGCAGCUUGACUAUGUUGACUUGUAUCUUAUCCAUAUCCCUACUGGAUUUCAAGAAAUAGGAGACAGUUUGUGGCCAACAGAUGAAACUGGUGCAAUAGCUGUUGAUCCAUCAACUGACCUUAUCAGCUUGUGGAAGUCAAUGGAGACACAAGUGGAUGCUGGAAGAACUCGUUCUAUUGGGCUUUCCAACUUCAACUCUCGUCAAAUUGCCCGCAUUGUAAAAGCAGCUCGAAUACAGCCUGCAAAUCUGCAAGUAGAGCUCAAUGUGUACUUCCAGCAGAGAGAGUUGGUAGCAUUUUGCAGGGCACUUGACAUCACAGUAUGUGCUUAUGCUCCUCUUGGGAGCCCUGGAUUACCCAUUAUCUUUAAAGCCAGAGGGCAAGCAUUACCAGAAAGUGCUAAGUUUGAUCCUCUGACGGAUCCUGUGGUACGUCAAAUAGCAGAACAUCAUAAGAAGACUCCAGCACAAGUGUUGUUACGUCACUGUAUGCAAAGAGAUAUUGUAGUCAUUCCUAAAAGUACGAAUGCUGCUCGUAUCAAGGAGAACUUCCAGGUCUUUGACUUUGAGUUGAGUAAAGAGGAGGUGGAAGAACUGGAUUCGCUGGAUAAACGAUAUGCUGGGCGUAGAUUUUUAAUGGAUGCAUUAGGAGGGCUUAAACAUCCAGAAUUCCCAUUUGGAGAUCCUUACUAGAUCAACUCUGCAGAUUUCUCUGUUAUCAGUUAUUACUGCAAGUAGGAACAGCCAGAGUUAUUCAUGGUUGGCUAUGCAGUGCAGGGAACCAGCGCAGUACAGUGGCUCAAUGAAUAACCUCGUUUAAACAUCAUGAUAUGAAACAAAAAUAUGAAGUUGUGGUGUAGUGUCAGCAUAGCAAGGUAGCUCUUAAAGCAAUGUAGAAGAAUGGUGGAUAUUCAAUCUGUAAUAAUUUGUUUUCCUUGGUAAUAGCAAACUAGACUGUGGUAACAGUCUGAAGGUUCAGCACUGGUGACAGUGAAGCCUGUCCCUAUACAUAUGCAGCCAUCCACCUGUUAUAAAACCUAUCCUUAAAAUGCAUAUUAAUUUUAUCCUUCAAACUUCUCACUCUUCCAAGUGAAUGUAUUCCCUAAUUGAUAUUGCUUCAUUACAUAUUUAUUGACAUGUAUAUCCUCCUGCUGUACUGUGUUAUUUAAAUGCACGUGAAUAAGAAAUAAAUUCUAUGGUUCCCCUUGUUGAACAAUGUU